ACGUCAAUAGAGAGCUGCAACGUCAUCCCUCUUCAUCCUCAUCCCAACAUAUCCUGAGCAGAAACAAGGAACUUGACUUACAUUUAUGACAGUAUUAAUACAUCAACUUGCGGUUUAAACUCGUUAUUGCAGAGUGAGGAAGAAGGGAACAACGAGAGACAUGACUACUAGUUGUUGUUCCUCAACUCCACUGCCGAUUCUGACAUUCACAGAGAGAGCCAAAUCUCUCUCAGAGAUCCAACAAGCCCACGCCUUUAUGCUCAAAACCGGCCUCUCCCGCGACACGUUCUCCGCGAGCAAACUCAUCGCCUACGCCGUCGCGAACCCAGAACCCAAAACCGUCUCUUACGCUCACUCCAUCCUCAACCGCAUCGAUACCCCCAACGUCUUCACUCACAACUCCCUCAUCAGAGCCUACGCCAACAGCUCCACCCCGGAGAUCGCUCUGACCGCGUUUCGCGAGAUGCUCCUCGGCCCUGUGGCUCCGGAUAAGUACAGCUUCACGUUCGCGUUGAAAGCGUGCGCUGCGUUUCGCGGGGUUGAGGAAGGAAGGCAGAUCCACGGUCAUUUCUUGAAGUCUGGUUUGGAUUCGGAUGUGUUUGUGGAGAAUACUUUGGUUAAUGUGUAUGCGAGGAGCGGGUGGUUUGAGGUUGCGCGUAAGGUGCUCGAUGAAAUGCCUGAGAGAGACGUUGUUUCGUGGAACUCGUUGUUGAGUGCUUUUGUGGAGAAGGGUUUGGUGGAGGAAGCGAGGGAGUUGUUUGAUGAGAUGGAAGAGAGGAAUGUCGAGUCUUGGAACUUUAUGGUUUCUUGUUACGCGGCGGCGGGGUUGGUUGAGGAGGCGAGAGAGUGUUUUGAUGAGAUGCCUGUGAAGGAUUUGGUUUCUUGGAACGCGAUGGUGAGUGGUUACGCGCGUGCGGGUUGUUACGGAGAAGCGUUGGAGGUUUUUAAUGAGAUGCUUAAGAGUUGUGCCGAGGAGCCUGAUGGUUUUACUUUUGUUAGUGUUUUGUCUGCGUGUGCUAAUCUUGGAUCGUUGAGUCAAGGUGAAUGGGUGCGUGUUUAUAUCGACAAGCAUGGGGUUGAGAUUGAUGGGUUUUUAGCAACGGCUCUUGUGGAUAUGUAUUCGAAGUGCGGGAGGAUUGAUAAGGCUGUUGAAGUGUUUAGAAGUGCUUCGAAGAAAGAUGUGAGUACAUGGAACUCGAUGAUCACGGGUUUAAGCGUUCACGGUCUUGGGAACGAUGCUUUGGGGAUCUUCUCAGAGAUGGUUUACGAAGGUUUUAAACCGAACAGUGUCACUUUUAUCGCUGUUCUGUCUGCAUGCAAUCAUGUGGGUUUGUUAGACCAAGCUCGCAAACUCUUUGAAACGAUGGGUAGUGUUUACGGGGUUGAGCCGAGUAUUGAACACUAUGGUUGUAUGGUGGAUUUGCUUGGUCGGUUGGGGAGAUUCGAGGAAGCUGAAGAGCUUGUGAACAAGGUUCCACCAGAUGAGGCUUCGGUGCUGUUGGAAUCUCUUCUUGGUGCUUGUAAAAGGUUUGGUCGAACGGAACAAGCGGAGAGCCUGGCGAAUCGGUUAUUGGAAUUGAAUCCAGGGGAGACUUCUGGUUAUGUUCAGAUGUCAAACUUGUAUGCUUCUAAUGGAAGGUGGGAUGAGGUUACGGAGGUGAGAAGAAAGAUGAGAGCAGAAAGAGUAAACAAGAAGCCUGGAUGUAGCAUGAUUGAAGUUGAUGGUGUUGUCCAUGAGUUCUUAGCUGGUGAAGGACUAAUAAACGAUUAAAACUCGGUUUCAAGUCAGAAGAACCACUCAACUUUGAAAACCAAGAAACAGGAUGAGCACGAGACAACCCAUAAGAAGAAGAAGAAGAAACAGGUCUCUUUCUUCCCCAUCUCAUCAUCAUUCCAGACGAUCCAAGAAUUUGAAAAAGUUUUUGAGCUUUCUUUUUCUACCGGGGGUUUCUUAGGAUAGACUAUAAAACAAUAUGAUAAAAAUGUAAGGGGUAUAUAUCUAGAGCUUACUGUUGUAAUAUGGUUAGGUCGUUGUGUUUAAUAGGCAGAUGGAAUACGUUGUCUUAAUGAGUAAAUGGGUAAAAGCUAGUUGCAGUUUGAAUAAAAAAAAGAGAGAACCAAAGCUGCCUGAAGAAUCCUGUGACCACUUUUGGCCUAAGAAAAGUUUUGGAUUUAUCGGUUCUGUAAUCUAUGGGUAUGUAUUGGAAUUUAUACCGAAGUAGGGGACCAGCUUUAUCAAUCAAAAACCAAACUUCAUUGAUGGCAAAGACUUAGGCUCUCUCUUCAAGACUUAGGCUCUCUCUUCAUUCUAAGUAACGUGACAGACCCAAGAACCACAAGAAUCAUCCUAUCUUUUAGUUUGUAGUAGCUGUCUCAACACUGAGGUCUUGGCUCAUAGAAUCUAUUGCCCUUUGCAAUGGUUACAUUCACAUGACUAUAACGAUAUGAUUGAUAUCGGUCCCGGUCUCUCCUGGUCCUAGACCGAGAGAGAUUUUAAUCACGAAGAAGGUAAAGUUGAUGGAUUCAGGGUUAUCUGAAAGGUAGAGAUUUUGUGAAGUUGAUGUGGUCCUGAUUUUAGAAGAACAGCUUAAAUCUUUCCAUAUGGAUAUAUCACCUACCUUGAGGGUAUGGUUUGUGUCAUCCACCACCUACUUGUUCAUAAUUUGUAUUUGAUUCUUCUAUAUAGUGUACUAAAUGGGGAUAGAGGUGUUUUUUAAUUAUUUACAUAAGUUUCAUGUCGCUCUUAUAUUGUAAAGACUUGCCAUUGAAGCAUUAGCAAAUUUGCCAAUUUCAGGCUCUUCUA